UUUACAGUGAUUUGCCAUAAGGUGUUACGCUGUUGUGCCUGUCGCUGUCAGAAUAUUUUAAGCGUGAUUUUGUUAAGGUGUGGUGUAGUUCGUUCUCUAGGGCCACUAAAAGAAUAUAAAUUAACAACGAUGAGUACCUUUGCUAAAAUUGAUAUACUUGAGGAGCGACUAGAAAAACUUGAAGACAGACAACUGGAAGUCGAAAGGCUUUUGAGGCGUAAUAACUUAUUGGUAUUCGGGAUGCCUUCAACCUGCUUGGAUUACGAGCCCUUGGUAUAUGUGAUCUUGAAUCUCCUGAACUACCAUCUGGGUUUAAAUAUAAGAGAAAGCGAUAUUAAUAAUGUGUAUCCCUUAACAAACAAAGAUAGAUCAGAAACAAUAAUUAAGGUGGAAUUCCAGAGUUUUUUGAAGAAGAAACUAGUCGUAGAUAAUGCUUAUAAGUUGAAAAAGAGGAACAUAUAUGUAGCCGAUGACUUGUGUCCGGAAGAUCAACACUACCGGAAGUUUUUGGUUAAAGAAAUGAAUGCUGCGAGAGCAAAAGGGAUGAAUGCUAAAAUAGUCGGCUAUAGAGUGGUUAUUGUGAAUGACUCCCCCACGGCAUCCACAUCUUCUUCGAUUCCAGAAAAUGGACCCCAAAAAAAUAAACCAAAGAAAAGAGUCACUUUUGCAUUGGAUAAUCCACCCCAACCAAAAAGGCUCAGGUACUAGGUCAGUUGGUGCAAUUUGUUUCUGCCCGAGACUUUUUAGUUUUAUAAUAUUUUAUAUAGUUUUUGUUUUUUGGGGAAAAAUUACGCUUAGAAGUUAGAAAAUAGUUAGGAGAUAUUAAUAAUUUAGUCAUAAAUAUUAACAUUCUUACUAAAGUGUCGAGAAUUUCGAUGGGUCACGUGAUGUUGGAAAUUGAC